AUGAGGGAGCCUGAAAUAACUAGGAACCCUAUCUAUAGGGUCAAUAGAGUUGAUAAUGAGUCUGAUAUCCUUAGGCGUCUAGAGGCCUUAGAGAUGAACCAAGGGUCAAACCAUACUAUGAGCUGUAUCAGUGAGCCCAGAACCUAUCCAUGUACCAUUUGUGGUGAUCAAACUCAUAUUGGACCUCAUUGUCCCCUGUUUUACCCUAGUGAAACUACCCGUGAUCAUGUUAGUGUCCUACAUGGUGGUAGGAACUCUAAAUAUGAGGGUCGACCCAAGUUUGACCCAUACUCUAAUACUUAUAACCCCGGUUGGAGACAUAACCCGAAUUUCUCGUGGUCUAAGGGUACCCAUCAGGGUGGCCCAUCUAGCAACCCACCACCAGGUUUUUCUAGGAACCAAGCUCAAGUCCAAGAACCGAGCCCAGUUGACAAAAGGGUGUCAUCUUUAGAGGAAAGUAUAAGACUCUUAGUUGAGGUUAUCACCCUUAGGAGUGGUAAAACUCUAGAGAACUCGGUAAAACCACCUAAGAAUAGUAGUCCAGCUGAAAAUGAGACCAUAGUUGACCAAACUUCAUCCAAAGACCCUAAUAGGCCUGAGAGUUCUAGGAGUCAAAGUGAGGAAGAUAUCCCUAAGAGAGUGUACAUACCACCUGCAGCAUUUCCUCAAAGACUCGCUAAGAAAAAGCCUAGUACAUAUGCUGAAAUCCUAGACAUCUUUAAGCAAGUUAAGGUCAACCUUCCCUUGUUAGAUGCAAUUAAACAUAUGCCGGCAAUGGCCAAAUUCCUAAAUGAUACGUGCACUGUCAAGAGAGAAGCGAGUGUCCAUAAAAAUGCAUUUUUGACCCAACAAGUUAGUUCCAUAAUCUCACAAAAGUACCAAGUCAAAUUUAAAGAUCCCGGUUGUCCUACUGUCACAUGUGUCAUAGGUAGCCAAGCAAUAGACAAUGAUCUAUUAGAUCUUGGGGCUAGUGUGAAUCUUUUACCUUUCUCGGUAUAUGAACAACUUGGAAUAAGGGAAAUGAAACCAACUAGGAUAACACUACAGUUAGCCGAUAGGUCAGUCAAAGUCCCACGUGGAAUUAUUGAAGACGUUUUGGUUCAGGUAGAAAACUUUAUCUAUCCAGUUGACUUUGUGAUUUUAGACACCCAUCCUGUCUCUAGUCAAGAUAUAAAUAUCCCAAUCAUCCUAGGUCGUCUGUUUCUAGCUACUGCAAAUGCAGUCAUACAUUGUCAAACUGGCCUAGUAGAAUUUUCCUUUGGGAAUCAGAAAAUCUCGGUGAACGUUUUUAAGGCGCUACAAGCCCCACCGGACCCUGAACACUAUGAGUCCAUAUGCAUGAUUGAUUCUCUAGUUGAGAAUACCUUUACCACUAAUAGUGUUAGCGAUCCUUUAGAGGCGUGCUUGGCCCACUUUGGAGCCUACUAUGAUGAGGAUAAACAUUUUGAAGAAUUUAAUGCGUUGUUAGAUUCCGCGGCAGUAAUGAAUUAUGGAAAAUGGCAACCUAAACGAGAACCUCUUCCACCGACCAUAGAUAAACCCCUCCCAUCAUCAGUUAAGGCACUCACCCUUGAAUUAAAGCCGCUACCAGAUACACUGAAAUAUGUAUUUCUUGGUAAUGAAAAUACUCUUCCUGUCAUAAUUGCCUCUGACUUAGAGCCCGAUCAGGAAAGUAGACUAGUUAGUGUUCUCUGA